CGUAAUGCCAACGGAAGUGACGAUCCUUUUUUGGGGGACGCUCGAGACCGGCAAGAUGGCAGCGGACACGCAGGUUUCAGACACAUUGAAGAAGUUUGCUGGGAAAGUGACUACUUCGAGUGUUAAGGAGCGCAAAGAAAUUUUAGUGGAAUUGAAGAAAUGCAUAACAGGAAAAAAUCUUCCUGAACCAGCUGUCAAAGGUCUAUGCAAGCUCUUUUGUCUUACCCUUCAUCGAUACAGAGAUGCAGCCUCUCGCCAUGCUGUGCUCUCUGUUAUCAACCUAAUGGCCCAGUCACAGCCUGAUGCCUUUGCUGCCCACCUGCCUUCUGUCCUGCUCACCUGUGGAAUUGUCAGUAAGGACAUAAUACCAGGGAAGAGCACAGCAUCAGCUGCUUGUUGUGCCCUGCCAUGGACUUUCUUAAUAGUACGUGUAGUCUUCCCCAUGCAAAAGGAGAGAGAGGCAACCCAAUGGAAAAAACUGGUGGAGGUGCAGAGCCUGCUUCUUGCUGAGGUCAUUGGUGGAGCCUCCAGAAAUGCUAUCAAGUCUGUCACUAAGCAGCUUAUCAAAAUGUGGAAAGAUAUCCCUGGAUUGGUUGAUCAGUAUUUGAGCACCCUGUUGAGCUUGGACCAGAGUCCUUCAUCUCUACCACUGCUUGCUGUAUGUGUGGACUUUUGCACCUCUCAAAAAGACAUAGGCCCCAUUAACAAGCACAAGGCAGCAAUCUUGGAUUUGUACUUGAAGACUGUGCUGAUGAGCAAAACCAGACCACUCCCUCACAUUCUGGCUAAAAGUGGAUCUCUGCUUCACCAUGUUUCUCACUCUGAGUUCAAGGAGCAGCUCUUGCCAACUCUACAGAAAGCCCUGCUGCGUAGCCCUGAGAACUCGCUGCAGACCAUCUCCUCCAUGCUGGCUUCACUUAGUCUUGAUCUCAGUCAGUAUGCUUUGGACAUUGGAAAAUGCCUUGCCAGCCAGCUGAAGGCAAGUAACAUUGAAUUGAUGGAGCAUGCAGUUCAGGCCAUGCAGAAUUUGGCCCAGCAGUGUAGUGACCCAGCUGCCAUUCAGGAUCUUGUAACGCACCUCUUUGGCAUUCUUGGAGGUUCAGAGGGAAAACUCACUGUAGUGGCCCAAAAAAUUAACAUACUGUCAGGGAUUAAAAGUUGUAGCUGUCAUUCAGUGUCUGGUUCCUCCAGCCAGUCACUAAGCUCAACGGUUGUACUGCAGUUUAUCCCAUUUCUGCAGCAGGAAGUACAUGAGGGGACACUGGUGCAUGCUGUGUCUGUGAUGUCAUACUGGAUGGCAUGUCUGAAUGCAGAGGUCCCAGCUGCUUUCAGAGACUGGCUUAAGAAAGCCUUUACAUUGAAGUCCUCCACCUCCUCCGUGCGCCAUGCCUACCUCCAGGCUAUGCUCAGAGCCUUUAAAGGAGACACCUUGAGCCAAGCCAUAGAUCUCGUUCCUCUCCUAAUCCAGGUGGUAGAGAAAGCGGCUGCUCAGAGCUCCCAGCAUGCCCUUCUCAAUGAAGCUGUGGCAGCUUCGGUCCUGUUAUGUCAUCUCUCUAUUCUGGACUCAAUUCCUGAAUCUAAACUGACCCCCUUUUGGAACCUGAUUUUGGAUGAGAAAAAACCCCUCUUUGCCACAGAGAAAUUUCUUGGGCAGGCCAAUGAGGAAGCGCUGUGCACUGUCCUGCAGCUGUGUGAGAGACUGUUUCUGGACCAGCCGCAGAGGCUAAACAACAGCAAGGCUCAGAUGUACCAUCGGGCUCUAGUGGCUGUGCUUCUAUGUCGAGUGUAUGAUGUACGGAAGCGUGCUCAUCAGAGUGUAAAGAAACUUCUUUCCUCACUGGGUAGUUCUAGCCUUGCCCAUGGCCUUCUGGGCGAACUGUGUGUUGUCAUCAACAAACAUAAGAUUUUUCCCCCAGAGGUUCUUCAGAAUGAGACAGGAGAGUGGACUGAGCUGGGCCGCUUGUAUAUCCCUCCAAAAAUCUUUUUGGAGGCUUUGAGGGUGUUGUGCACAGCCGUAGGCCAGUGGAAUGACUUCAGGGAGGCUGAAAAACUGGCCCUAGAUAUCAUACUUGUGGCCCACCACCCUUCCGUUGUUGCUGCCAAAUCAAAAUUGUGGCCUUUGCUGUUGUCCAGCAUGAAGAUGGAUGCUGCUGUGUUCAUUGAACAGAAUUUGCACGCAAUUCUCCCUUUGCUAUUAGAGGGGAAUGCUGACAGACAGGAUGUAAGAAAUGCAGUUGGGGAGUUGUCAGUCCUUUCUCCAGGGAAGCUACUCCCUUGUGUAAUGGACCAUGUGAUCCAGAGGCUGUCCAAUCCAUUACUUACAGAGGUGACGCGUCAGGAAUACAGCAUCAUGAAGACACCAGAGGGAGAGCUGUAUGACAAGAGUAUCCUCAUGAGCACUCAACAGGAGAGCACUAAAAAAGGCAACAUGAAGAGGGAGAACAAGGCAUAUUCCUUCAAAGAGCAGAUAAUUGAACUUGAGCUACAAGAGGAAAUCAAAAAAAAGAAAGGAAUUAAAGAUGAGGUGCAGCUUACUACUAAACAAAGGGAGAUGAUCCAGAACCAGCUGGAGAAGGAGUCCUCUAUUCGUAAAAAAAUACUUGGGUUGGACAUGGAGUUGCAGGGUACAGUUGGGCUUUUGGAGGCCAUUAUGGCUCUUCACCCUCCUCAGAUUUCCCAUCACAUUCCUAGAGUCCUUCAUGUGCUCCUGCCCUUACUGCAUUCACCAUUAGCUGCUCCCCAUGUACGCCAAACCUUCCUUCAUAUUGGCACAUGUGUCCUGCAAAAGCAGCUGCAUUUCUUGGCUCUUCUUGUGGGUCAUGUGACCUUGCGUCUUUUGAAGCCGGAAUGUGUGCUGGAUCCAGCAUGGUCUCAAGAGGACCUGAACACAGCUAUGCAUCGUGCUGUCCAACUGCUGCACAUGCACACAGUGCCACAGAGAGAGGGAAAGACUGAUGCACGCCCUUUGUCUGCACCAGCUUUCUCUUUCUGUUUCCCACUCCUGCAGGCCAUCCUCAGCAUAAAUAGCAACACCUCUGAGGAAGCAGAACACAUGCUGACUCAAGCUCUACAGACCAUUUGGACACAUGCUCAGUUGCGCUCCAGUAAUGAUGCCGCUGGUGGAGUCAUUGAUGAGAAUGGUCCAGAACUUCUUCCCCGUGUGAACAUGCUAAUGCUUCUCUGCAAAGUGAUUGGAACCUCCACACCACGCUUGCAGGUUCUGGCAUCAAGCUGUCUUACAGCUCUCUGUGCUAGUGCAGGAGGACAAAAGGACUGUGCGUUGGCUGAACAAGCUGAGAUUGAUGUGCUUUUAGAAGCCCUGCUCUCUCCCUGUUUUUCUGUUAGAGAUGCCGCUCUCAGGGGUCUUGUGGAGUUGAACCUGGCUUUGCCCACAGAUAGUGCUGAGUCUAAUGGGUUGAAUGUGCUCAGGAGACUGUGGGUGGCCAGAUUUGAUGUGGAGGAGGAAGGGAGAGCACUGGCCGACAAGCUGUGGCAGACACUGUAUCUGGAGCUGGUUCCUGAGCUAUGUCCACUGCUAAUUAAAGAUGUGACACACCACGAGGAAAUAGUGAGGGCAGCUGCAGCCGAGGCUUUAUCCAGUGCUGUGAGUCAAUACCCUGACGAGUCAGCUACAGUUCUUUCACAGCUGACGGAGCUCUAUCACCAGAAACUUUAUAGACCACCUCCAGUCCUGGAUGCUUUGGGUCGAGUAAUCUCAGAAGCACCUCCUGACCAAUGGGAAGCAAGGUGUGGGAUAGCCCUUGCUCUUAAUAAGCUCUCUCAGUGGCUACGGGAGGAUCAGGUGACACCCAUUUUUCUGUUUUUCGUGCCUGAUGCUCUGAAUGACAGGAACAGUGAGGUGCGACGCUGCAUGCUGGAUGCUGCACUGUCUGUCCUCAACACUCAUGGAAAGGACAAUGUGAACUCUUUGCUGCCCGUGUUUGAGGAGUUCCUAAAAAACGCUCCUCAGGAUGCCACCUAUGACUCUGUGCGUCAGAGUGUGGUCAUCCUCAUGGGUUCACUGGCCAAACAUCUGGACAAAAAUGACCCCAAAGUCAAGCCCAUAGUCGCCAAACUCAUCACUGCUCUCUCCACUCCCUCUCAGCAGGUCCAGGAGUCCGUGGCCAGUUGCUUGCCUCCUUUGGUGCCUGCUAUAAAGGAGGAUGCAGGUGAUAUGGUACGCAAGUUGCUGCAGCUGCUGCUAGAGAGUGACAAGUAUGCAGAAAGGAAAGGUGCGGCUUAUGGCUUAGCCGGUUUAGUAAAGGGCUUGGGCAUCCUGUCCCUCAAACAGCAAGAUAUCAUGACCACCCUCACUGAUGCAAUUCAGGACAAAAAAAAUGCCAGACGAAGAGAAGGGGCCCUGUUUGCUUUUGAAAUGCUGUGCAACAUGCUUGGGAAACUGUUUGAGCCAUAUGUGGUACAUGUGUUGCCCCACCUUCUUCUCUGCUUUGGAGAUGGGAACCAGUAUGUCAGAGAGGCAGCAGAUGACUGUGCCAAGGCUGUAAUGCGGAAUCUAAGUGCUCAUGGGGUGAAGUUGGUUUUGCCCUCACUUCUUGUAGCUCUUGAGGAAGAGUCCUGGAGGACCAAAGCAGGCUCUGUGGAGUUGCUUGGUGCCAUGGCAUUUUGUGCUCCUAAACAGCUGUCAUCAUGUCUGCCUAGCAUUGUGCCCAAGCUGACUGAGGUUCUCACUGACUCACAUGUUAAAGUGCAGAAAGCUGGGCAGCAGGCACUGCGCCAGAUCGGUUCAGUCAUCCGCAACCCAGAGAUCCAGGCCAUCACUCCCAUUUUACUGGAUGCCCUUACGGACCCCUCGCACAAAACACAGCACUGUCUGCACACUCUGCUUGAGACCAAAUUUGUGCACUUUAUUGACGCUCCCUCCCUGGCUCUCAUAAUGCCCAUUGUCCAGAGGGCCUUCCAGGACCGGUCCACAGACACACGAAAAAUGGCUGCACAGAUCAUUGGCAACAUGUACUCCCUCACUGACCAGAAGGAUCUCUCUCCUUACCUCCCUAGUGUGAUUCCGGGACUCAAAACAUCUCUCCUAGAUCCUGUACCAGAGGUGCGAACAGUGUCAGCAAAAGCUCUUGGUGCAAUGGUCAAGGGUAUGGGUGAAUCGUGUUUUGAUGAUCUACUGCCCUGGCUGAUGGAGACUCUAGCCUCUGAGCAGAGCUCUGUGGAUCGCUCUGGAGCUGCACAGGGCCUGGCAGAGGUCAUGGCUGGGUUGGGUGUUGAGAAGCUGGACAAACUGAUGCCUGAUGUUGUUCAGACAGCCAGCAAAGUGGACAUCGCUUCUCAUGUGCGCGACGGCUACAUCAUGAUGUUCAUUUAUCUCCCACUUACCUUCGGUGAAAGGUUCACACCCUAUGUAGGACCGAUUAUUCCCUGUAUUCUCAAGGCUUUGGCUGAUGAGAAUGAGUAUGUAAGAGACACAGCACUAAGAGCAGGCCAGCGCAUCAUCAGUAUGUAUGCUGAGACAGCCAUUGCCCUGCUGCUGCCAGAGCUGGAACAAGGCUUGUUUGAUGACCUCUGGAGAAUCAGGUUUAGCUCAGUGCAGUUGCUAGGAGACCUACUCUUUCACAUCUCAGGAGUUUCAGGGAAGAUGACAACAGAGACAGCUUCCGAAGAUGACAAUUUUGGUACAGCACAGUCCAAUAAGGCCAUUAUUGGUGCACUGGGAGUGGAGCGAAGAAACCGUGUGCUCUCUGGCCUCUAUAUGGGACGCUCGGACACACAGCUUGUGGUGAGACAGGCCUCCCUCCACGUUUGGAAAAUUGUGGUGGCCAACACUCCACGUACACUUCGAGAAAUCCUGCCUACACUCUUCUCUCUGCUGCUGGGCUUUCUGGCCUCUACCUGCCCCGAUAAGAGAACGAUUGCAGCACGUACUCUGGGGGAUUUGGUGAGAAAGCUGGGUGAGAAGAUCCUUCCAGAAAUCAUCCCCAUCCUAGAGGAGGGUCUGCGCUCUGAUAAGAGUGACGAGAGGCAGGGUGUGUGCAUUGGUCUCAGCGAAAUUAUGAAAUCCACUAGCAAAGAUGCUGUGCUGGUGUUUUCCGAGUCCCUCGUGCCUACAGUGCGCAAAGCUCUGUGUGACCCACUAGAGGAUGUGCGUGAGGCUGCAGCUAAAACCUUUGAGCAGCUACAUGCCACCAUUGGCCACCAAGCACUGGAUGACAUCCUCCCCUCUCUGCUUAAACAACUGGAUGAUGAGGAUACUGCUCAGUUUGCUCUGGAUGGACUGAAGCAAGUUAUGGCUGUGAAGAGUCGAUCAGUGCUGCCUUACCUGGUGCCCAAGCUCACUGCCCCCCCAGUGAAUACACGCGUACUGGCCUUCUUGUCUGCCGUGACGGGUGAUGCUUUGACACGGCACCUGGGUGUGAUUCUGCCUGCUUUGCUCUCAUCUCUUAAAGAAAAGCUGGGCACUGAGGAGGGACCCCAGGAAUUAAGCAGCUGCCAGACUGUGAUUUUGUCAGUUGAAGAUGAAGUGGGGCAGCGUAUCAUCAUCGAGGAUCUGCUGGAGGCAACACGUGGAACAGAUGCUGGACUCAGAGAGGCGUCUGUUACUAUCUUGAAUGCUUACUUCUCCCGAACACGACUUGACUACAGCACUCACACACGCACGCUGCUUUCCGGCCUUGUGCGCCUGCUCAAUGAUCCCAGCUCUGAGGUUCUCCAUCAGAGCUGGGACACCAUUAAUUCCAUCACCAAGAAGUUGGAUGCUGGAAGUCAGCUUGCUCUGAUCGAUGACUUGCACAGAGAUAUCCGUUCAGCAGCAGCUGAAGUCAAGGGGGAAUAUCUGCCUGGCUUCUGUCUGCCCAAAAAGGGAGUGACAUGUAUUCUGCCCAUUCUGAGAGAGGGGGUGCUGACAGGAAGCCCAGAGCAGAAGGAGGAUGCAGCACGUGCAUUAGGUGCUGUCAUCAAGCUGACCUCCGCUGAAGCUCUACGGCCCUCUGUAGUUAAUAUCACUGGGCCACUCAUUCGUAUACUUGGAGAUCGUUUUGCCUGGACUGUGAAGACGGCUCUGCUUGAGACCCUUACCCUUCUCCUUCGAAAGGUGGGCAUAGCGCUGAAGCCAUUCCUUCCACAGCUCCAGACGACAUUCCUAAAAGCCCUGCAGGACAUGAGCAGGCCUGUGAGGCUCAAGGCGGCUGAGGCUUUGGGACAACUUGUUUCCAUACACACAAAAGUGGACCCACUGUUUACAGAGCAGCUCUCAGCCAUUCGAAACACUGAGGACUCAGGUGUCAGGGAGACCAUGCUGCAAGCCUUGAGGUUCGUCAUUCAAGGUGCAGGAGCUAAAGUUGACCCUGCCAUCAAGAAGAAUAUCACCACCACGUUAUUAGGCAUGCUGGGACAUGAUGAGGAUGCCACACGAAUGGCCUCUGCUGGGUGUGUUGGUGUGUUGUGUGCUUUCCUGUCUGAAGAAGACCUGAGGAAUGUUCUACAACAGCAUGUCCUUGCGGAUAUGUCUGGAGUAGACUGGAUGGUGCGCCAUGGCCGCAGCAUGGCUCUUGCUGUUGCUGUGAAGUCUGCACCCGAACAGCUGUGUGCUCCAGAGUACAGUUCCACUGUACUGGAAAUUAUGUUAUCUGGCACCACUUCAGACAGAAUUCCCAUAGCUUGCAGUGGGAUCAGAGCAAUGGGUUACCUUAUGAGGCACCAGCUCAGGACAGCUGGAGCAGAUGCUGUCUCACCUCGUAUUAUCCCUCAGUUGGUCAAGAGUCUACAAAAUCAGUCGAGUGAUAUCCGUCUGGUGACGGAGCGAGUGCUAUGGUGGGUGUGGAAGGAUGCGGACACCCCGGUGCUGGAGCCCAGUCUGAUUAAACCAAUCAUCAAAGCUCUGCUGGACAACACCAAAGACAAGAACACUAGUGUCCGUGCUCAGAGCGAACACACCAUUGUCAACCUGCUACGACUCCGUCAAGGAGAUUCUGUCAUGCAGAAUGUCAGUGCAAUCUUAGACUCAGCCAGUAAUGAGCUGUUGUCCGAGUGUUACCGCCGAUCGCUGAAGAAGAUCUCGGGUCUCCCUGACUCCAAUGAAGAAAUUGAUGACACCAUCCUCACGUGAUCUGCCCAAAUCAGUGCUUCAAGACAGUCCAUCAGCCAGUUCUGAGUUAUUAGAGAAUAUGAUGUCUAUGUGAAACUAUCAGUUAUGAAGAGAAAACGCCCCACAAAAAAAAUAUUUUGGACUUUCAAAUAUUUGACCUAUUGAAUUCGCAAAAACAAAAAAAAAAUAUUUGACAGUUAUAGCCAAAUGUUAACAUACUUCUGAUGCCUAGUUUUGAUUUUUACUGGAUGAGCAUCAGUGUCGAUUUUAUCUUGUAUUCUCAGUAUUGUAGUUGUUCACGGAGUGUGCACAUUGAGAUUGGAGCAACCUAAAGUGAGACACUGAUUUUCUUUUUUUUUUCUUUUUUUCAAACACCACUGUAUCCUUUGAUAGUGGUUAUAUUAAUAAAAUACCUAAAAAACUUUUUGAUUUGAUAAAUUUUUAACAAACAGUCUCUAAAAGUAAAAAGUAUAGUAGUUCAAAGUAUUCUUGUUUCUAGCUCCUGAGUGCCACAACAAUAAAACAUUUAUCUCUGGGAGA